AUGACCAGUGAAGUUUUUGAAAAGUGGUUUAUGGAAAUCGUUACACAUCUUGAUGAACAAUCUGUGAUUAUAAUGGACAACGCUUCAUAUCAUAGCAGGAAAAGUGAAAAAAUACCAAACACCAGUACGAAAAAAGCUGAUAUACAAACUCGGUUAACAAGCAAAUCGAUACCUUACGAAGAAGAUAUGGUAAGAGCUGAACUUCUACAGCUUGUGAAACGGGCAGCUGUUACACCAAAAUAUGUAGUUGAUGAAAUUGCAAAGGAACACAAUCGUACCGUGCUGCGAUUGCCUCCAUAUCACUGCGAAUUGAAUCCAAUUGAACUGAUAUGGGCGCAAAUAAAAGGUGAAGUGGCCAGAAACAACACCACAUUUAAAAUGAAAGACCUUCAUCCACUAUUUCAACAAGCAGUGAAACAUGUUACUGCUGAAAAUUGGAAGAACGCAAUUCGCCACGCUCAAAGUGAAGAGGAAAAAAUGUGGCAAAUUGACAUUUUAAUGGACAUCGUAGUGGAGCCAUUAGUAAUUCAUGUGGGAGAUGACUCGACAUCACCGGAGUCCGAAUCCGAGUGA